CCCACUAUGGAGCUCAGUAGAUUGGUGCCUUUCUGGAUUGUAUGUGUAUGCUUCUUAUUGGAAUGUCGUUCUGUCAAAUCCAAUCUUGUAAGCCCAGACCCCUUACCAUCGGACAACGGUGUCUCAGAGCUUUGCCGCAUUGACGAGCUGCUCUGCCAGGAUGAGAACGCCAUCCUCAGUUUUGAGGCCAUCCGCAGCAUUCACAAGCAAAUGGAUGACGAUGCUAAUGGGAAUGUGGAUGUUUUGGAAACCGAUGGGUUUUUAAGAGAGGACCUCAACUACCAUGACCCCAAAGCCAAGCACAACACUUUCCACGGUGACGACCAGCUCAUAAGCGUGGAGGACCUGUGGAAUGCCUGGAAGAGUUCAAAAGUGUACAACUGGACAGUUGAUGAGGUGGUGGAUUGGCUUAUCGACUACCUGGAGCUGCCACAAUAUGCGGAUGCCUUCCGGAAGUUGAAUUUCAAUGGUACAUCCAUGCCUCGAUUGGCAGUGAAGAACGUCACUCUGACGCAGACCGUCCUGAAGAUUCUGGACCGGAGUCACUUUCAGAAACUACAGCUCAAGGCUCUGGAUACGGUUCUGUUCGGAGCUCCCAUGAUGAACAGACAUAACCAUCUGAAGGACUUCAUGCUGGUAGUGUCAAUAGUCAUCGGACUGGGAGGCUGCUGGUUCGCUUACAUCCAGAACCGGCACUCUAAAGACCACAUGAAGAAGAUGAUGAAAGACCUGGAGAGCCUCCAGCGGGCAGAGCAGAGCCUUCAUGACCUACAGCAGAAGCUGCAGAUUGCUCAGGAGGAACACCGUUCAGUGGAGGUGGAGAAGGUAAACCUGGAGCAGAAGCUGAGGGAUGAGAUCAAUGCUGCCAAACAAGAAGCGCAGAGACUGAAGGGGCUCCGAGAGGGAACUGAGAACGAGCUGAGCCGACAGAAAUAUGCAGAGGAGGAGUUGGACCAGGUGCGAAUGGCCCUGAGGAAGGCAGAGAAGGAGCUGGAGUCUCGCAGUAGCUGGUCUCCUCCUAAUGCCCUGCAGAAAUGGCUGCAGCUCACUCAUGAGGUGGAGGUGCAGUACUACAACAUCAAAAAACAGAACGCAGAGAGACAGCUGCAGGUGGCCAAAGAGGGGGCAGAAAAGAUUAAGAAGAAGAGAAACACUUUAUUUGGUACGUUCCAUGUGGCACAUAGUUCUUCACUGGAUGACGUGGAUCACAAAAUACUUACAGCCAAGCAAGCUCUGGGUGAGGUAACCGCAGCUCUGAGAGAGAGACUCCAUCGUUGGCAGCAGAUUGAGAUCUUAACAGGCUUCUCGCUGGUCAAUAACCCAGGCCUGCCUUCUCUGGCCUCUUCUCUCAACCUGGACCCCAGCUUCAUGGGCGGCCGCGGCACACCCCAGCACUUCAUGUCUGAAGACAUGGAUGACAUGGACGAGGACAUAGUGGCACCAGGAACGCUCCAAUAUGCAGCAUGGCUAAUGGGCCGCCGAGCAAGUGAUCUCUGGUCAUUGAAUUCGGAUUGCCAGUCAUUUUGGAAGUACUCUGCUCCCAGUAUGAUGUCACUCCGGCAACGGCACAUUGACCCGCAGCUGGCCCUGGGUUCGCAGAGGUUGGUAGAGAGUUGUCUCUCACUUGGUGGUCAGGAAGGGGAGGGUAGCUUGUACUCGUCCAGGUCUAGGACAGCGAUACGCCAGGCACGCAGCCAAUCUUUUGGGCACUUUGACUCUCUGGGACUGCCUCCUCUUUCUUCAGCAGUGUCUCAUCCUGCUAUCUUCUCGGCUGUCUCAUCCCACGCUCCCCACUGCUCUUCUGUCACUACUGCCCCUCAUGCAUCCCACUAUCACUCUUCACAUUUCCAGCCUAUGGACACCAUCCCAGACCUCCCCUAUGAUGCAAGCCCAGAGCGCUCCCGCCAUUGCGACAGCUAUGGGGACUUGAAUCGCUCAGACUCUGAUUCCUCCUUGUGUAUAUCCCAGACUGGCGAGCAGCUACGCCUAUCCUACAGUUCCAAAGGCUUCCCUGUGAAGCCCACUUCACUUCUGCAUGGCCCCCAUUCAUGCUCUGAAGAUGGAGCUCACUCCCAAACCCAUAACGGAGGCAACAGAGUUCCUGAUGGGGGUGCAUCUCCUGAUGGAGUUUCUGAAAGUCCCAUAUUAAUGAAGAAGGUAUAUGGCAUAGAGAAAUCCGUCAGUAUGAGCGAGAUCCAAGUCUCACAAGCAGCGAUGUCUAUGUCGGAAUCCUCACGCUCCUUAAGCCCAAACUCCACUGAAUCCGAUACCCCGUCCCCCACUGGACUGACUGGGGAGAAGGCUGGAAACCGCAUACCACAGAUCUCCUCGAAAAAAAGCCCCCUAGAGGAGGACAGUGUCUCCAUAUGUGAAGACACUGACUCUACUGUCAGUCGCAAGAAACCUACCUUCAAGAUCUUUAAAAAACAGAAGAAAUAAGACAACUGUGGACAGCCGUUUUGUUUUUCUCUUAGUCCUUUUUGUCGUGUUCUUAAUAUACAUGUUUUGAUUUUUUUUUUUUUUCUGGUCAGAAGUUACGGCACCACCAGACACGUUUCCGAGGUCUUUAUAGAAAUGUUUGCUUUUUCAGAGGAACACUUAGGAACAAGCAUGAUUUUGGGGGAGGGUGGGAAUGACACAUCAGUGGGAAUGGGAUGGACUAUUUUUUUUUUUUUUUGAGAAUGUAAUGCAUUAUUUAUUCAGCAGGAGACAGUGCCAGACUUUCAAAGGAAUCUCCCCUCUGAUGGACUUUUCUUUCCUUGUAUAAUCCGUAUCAGUUUGCAUGUCUUCGCCUUUGUUUGAUUGAACUUUGAAUGCUCCUAGAUGUUUGCCUGGUUCUUGUUCCCCUUUGCUUAAAACACGAAACAGCCUGGUUCU